AUGCCCCCAGCUGUGUCUUCUGAGAUGCAAAACAAGUGGGCAAAAAAAGUGGGAAGGAAUGAAGGGGGCUCCGCUGGCUCCAGGCACAGCUCCAUCCGGAUUCUCUUGAUCCGAAAGAACCUGUGCACGGUGGUUGUGUGUGGUGGAUCCACACAGAUGGCUUCCACCUGCUGUGUGAGCUGGAACCUGCCCCACCCCGCCCCCACCCCCAUAGGGAUUCCGGGGCGGCUGCACGGAACACUCCUAAUCCGGGUGUGGCUCUCCUACAAGGCGAGGGGCUGUCCCUGCUGCUCACCCGCCACGCAGAUGCGCUUGUGUCUUGAAAUGAUUCUGGGCCUAGUUACUGCCAUCUAG